GAUAAGGCAGAAACACAAAUGGGGUCGUCAGCUCUUGAAUAUUUUUAUGCAGAGACCUCAUGAGUCGUACAUGGGAAUUAGUGGGGGUCCACCAUUCUUGCAAUUUGACAGAGGAGACAACUUGGUCCAAAUUACCCAACAUCAGUUGCAGAUGGUGGGUGCAGCUAGCUCAGGGCAGAAUCAACAAGAGAACACUAGAACAGAAUCUGCAGCAAAAAACGAGGAAAAGGAAACAACAUUUGUGUCGGUGGCGAGAGCUGGCAUAGUGGACCUUGUGAACGAGCUUCAAAACAAAAUACCAAGUUCCCUACAUGCCACCCCUGAGAAGGAAAACCUGCUGGUUGUGGCAAUGAAGAACAUCAACAAAAGCAAACUUGGAGAACACCACGUUGACAAGAAGGAGACUGCAUUUUUGACUGCUGCAAAAAACGGCAUUGUGGAGAUUGUGUUUGAACUUCAAUCCAAAAUACCCAGCGCUGUGCACGAAACCAACUCCAACAACGAAAACGUGUUGCUUGUGGCAGUGAAGAACAGGCAGACCAACGUUGUUGAGGUGUUAAGGAAGAAUUUGGAUAAGGAACUGUUCGAUAGCUUGAUUUUGGAAGUGGAUAACAGGGACAAUACUGUCUUGCACUUGGCUGCAGGCACAACUACUAACGCUGAAAGAACUUGGCAGAUUGCUGGUGCUGCCAUGCAAAUGAUGUGGGAUAUCAAGUGGUAUCAGUACGUGAGAGCCCUAGUGCCGGAACAUUUCACAUUCAGAACGAACAAGGACGACAAAACCGGCGGGGAAAUCUUCAAGCAGAAGCACAAAGACCUGGUGAAGGAGAGUUCGGAGUGGCUGAAGGAAACCUCCAACUCCUGCUCCGUGGUGGCGGCCCUAAUCGCCGGCGUGUCUUUCGCCACCUCGAGCUCCGUGCCUGGCGGCACGGACAAAGGAAAGCCGGAGCUGGAAGGGCAGCCGGCUUUCGACGCGUUCGCGAUCGCGUCCCUGAUCGGGCUCUGCUUCUCGGUGACCGCUCUGAUCAUGUUCCUGGCGAUCCUGACCUCCCGGAAACAGGCGCAGGACUUCCGGAAGAGCUUGCCGUUGAAGCUGCUCUUCGGUCUGAGCUCUCUCUUCGUUUCCAUUGCUUCCAUGCUGGUUUCUUUCUGCGCUGCGCAUUUCUUCGUGCUGAAGGACAAGUACAAGAACAUCUUGUUCCCUGUCUACAUUGCCACUUGUUUGCCUGUCACUUUCUAUGCCGUGGUGCAGUUUCCUCUCUAUGCUGAUCUGCUUAAAGCCAUUUUCAAGAAGGUUCCACAACCCAGUAUUACCAGCAGCCAAUUCUAGAGGACUUUUUCUCGACUCCGGAUUUCUAACGUCUUUUUGGU